AUGACGCAGCCUCUCCCAUUCGCAAAAAGAGAGUCCUCCGUCUGUGAACAAUGUAUAUCCAUCUUCCAAGGAAGAUGCUUACUCUACACCGCCGACGACGAAAAUGCGUGGCCUCUGCCAGUUCACCAUCAGACCCUCGAUUCCUUCGAGGCCGCGGUUAAAUCUGGUUGUGUCCUCUGCCACCUGUUUUCUCGCUACGCACUGCGAAAGUUCCAGGAUGAUGACCGCGCCGACUUUUGGCUCACGCUUAUUGUCCUUCAUCCGGGUUCAAGAUGGAAGUGGAUGGCUUCAGCGUUGAGCAUGGAUUCAGGGUAUGACGGACCUACAAAAUCUUUGGAGCAUGGACCGAGUACAAUGUCUGAAACUGCCUGGGAUCAAGUUCUCAAAUGGAAUCGAGAAUGCUGCUCGCACCACACUGUUUGCAAUUCUCAUCGAGACCCUUCCUAUCUCCCGACUCGAGCCCUUGACAUUUCCGGGAAUCAGAACGAUGAUAUCAAGCUGAAAGUCACUGAGAAUCACAUGAAACAGAUAGACGACAAUAAGAGCGAGCAUGAGUUCGCCACCCUUAGCCAUUGCUGGGGCCGUAAUCCCAUCAUCACCCUCCGCCAAGAGAAUAUCAGUCACUUUCAAGAUUCCAUCGCGAUGACUGCACUCCCCCUAGUAUUCCAGCAAGCCAUCUACGUUGCGCGGAAGCUCGGGUUUGCGUACCUCUGGAUUGAUUCUCUCUGCAUCAUCCAAGAUUCGGAAGAAGACUGGCGGCAUGAAUCUGCCCUCAUGGGAAAGGUUUACAGCAACAGCAUGCUCAACAUAAUGGCUACAGAUAGUAAAGAUGGCACUCAGGGCUUAUUCAGGGAAAGAAGUUCUUUGGACCUGCAACACUGCGUCAUUCGAGCCGAUUGGACAGGCAUCGCACCCGAUUCCUUCUACAUUUACGACUGGAUGACGUGGGAUAAUCUGAUAGUCAGGGCGCCGUUAAACGGACGCGGGUGGGUUCUACAAGAGCGAAUCCUGUCGCCUCGAGUGCUGCAUUUUUCGUGCAACCAGCUGGUCUGGGAAUGCCACGAGAAGGACGCAUGCGAGAUGCAUCCUGACGGUAUACCGACGAUAUUCGUAAAUUUUGAUACCCAAGUCAAAAUCAUGGACCCAGAGGCGUACUUGAAAUGGGUCAACACCUGGCGGCAAAUACCCUUCAAACCGACUAUGGAUGUUGGACACGCCAUAUGGAAACGUCUAGUCCAUUUAUACAGCCAAACGCGCGUGACGAAAGUAUCCGACAAGCUCAUAGCUAUCAGCGGUCUCGCCAGCCGAAUGCGUGCUAUCAUGCAAAAUGAUGAGGAAUACCUCGCUGGGCUGUGGUCGCAUCAACUGACCAGUCAACUUCUCUGGAAGGUUGCGCCCAAUCCGAUCGGCUCUCGCAUCCCACGAUGGCGGAGAUCAUACCGCGCGCCCUCUUGUUCGUGGGCGUCAUUGGAAGCCGAGAUAUACAUGCCAAUGGAGGAGUCUGCGGUGCCCCUGUCAGCGUAUAUCGAUAUUGAAGAGGCGAGCGUGACACCUCUCUCGUUAUUGAGCGAUACAGGAGAAGUGGUAGAUGGCCACAUUCGGCUGAAGGGAUCCUUGAUGAGGGCAGAACUUGUAAGUUCAAACGAGGAAGAAUCGCGUAGUAAAAUGGACUUGUGGGUGAAUGGAAUGGAAACCGACUCGGCUAUCUCUCUCGAUGAAGUGCGACUUGAGGAUAGUUACUCUGUGGUGUAUUUACCUGUCGCAGGGGUGCAUGAUCCAGAUGGUGACAGCCAGGCUGUCAUAGGGAUACGUGCUUUACUGCUACUCCCCGUCAAAGGCAAGCCUCAAGGGUGGUACUCGAGAUUUGGGAUUGCCGAUACGUGGCACGACUGUGAAGAUCCUGAGCCGAUGAACCACUUGAUUCGUGUAAUGGAGGAUCGUGCCUUUAAUGACGAGAGUCUCUGUCUGGAGGGAGUGCCCAGGACUAUUAUGUUUGAAUAG